AUGUCAGUCAAAAUAUUCUUCCUGAUCGUCUGCUUUAUAGCGAUCAUCCUUACACCAAUACCUCUUACAUGGCACAUAAAACUCAGAAACGUUCCUGCAGUCUGUCUGAUAUGCUGGAUUACCAUCUUCAAUAUGAUAAGCUUCGUAAACGCACUCAUAUGGGGUGGCUCCGAAGAUGAAUUCGAAACCGCCUGGAAUGGAGCCGUUUUCUGUGAUAUCGAGAUCAAGUUCAUCAUUGCCGCCUCAGCAGGAAUGAUGACAGCCACAGCAGCGAUUUCACGCAACCUGGCCAGAGUCAUGGAGCAAGUUGGUCCUGCACACAAGACCAAGGCAAUGCGGAGGAGCGAGUUGAUCCAGGAUUUACUCAUCUGCUUUGGGCCGCCGAUUUGGUUGAUGUCUGCCCACUACAUCGUGCAACCUAAUCGAUACUACAUCGUUCGUUACGUUGGAUGUACGCCGAGCGUGGAUAAUUCCUGGCCAACUAUACCGCUGAUCUACAUAUGGCCUCCGAUAAUUGGUUUUGUGGCGGCAUACUACGCAGGCCGCGUCAUUUAUCUUCUCCGCAAGUACCAGAGACAGUAUUCAGAGAAUGUCAAUAGCACUCUCUCCGACUCGACAAAGUCACGAUUCAUGCGUCUUUUCGUAAUCAGUACUUUCAUGGUUAGCGUCAACUUUCCAAUCGUCCUCUACAUCUUCUACCACAACCUACAGUAUCCAAUGGUGCCCUAUUCAUGGAAACUCGUACACAGUACAUUUGGGUGGGACUAUGUCCCUUAUGUAAAAGGCACAUCUAUCCAAUUUGAUCAUUGGAUCCCUGUUCUUGCUGGGAUCGUGUGCUUCAUCUUCUUUGGAACGGGGCGGGAGGCAUCACAAAUAUGCAAGGAAUGGUUCGAGUUUUUCGGGCUCGGGGCGCAGUUUACAAUCCUGGAGAAAAUGGCGCCGAAGAAGGCUGAAGGCAGUUCUUCCAUGAGCAGUUGGAUUUCAGGGAAGAUGUUUUCUUCCACCUCAUCGAGAGUCACAAACUCAACCACCGACAGCAACGCCUCGAGAAACCACGAUUCUUUUGGUUAUCCUGAGAUGACCUCCGUUGCCACGGCUGAACCUACCCAGAUUGGGUCUACAGCCUCUGUUGGCAUCGUGAAGAGACACAACCAGGAAGGAAUAUGGGUCGAGAGGGGUCUAAAUGUGGCUAUUGAGGACGAUGGGAGGAUUGUUUAA